AGAAUAGUUUUUAUAAACAGACGCUCAUUCUUUCUUCUUUUCUCUUUCUUUAACUUAAAACAUGGGGCUUUUAAAGAUUGGAAGCCUGUAUAAAAAAAAUAAAAAGAAAUCAAUCAUAGAGCAGAGUCCUCCUGUUGCUCCACCUUCUUUACCUACUUUAUCACUUGAUGAACCAUUAAAACCACGACAAGAACAAGAACAACAAACGGUAACUGCUGGCUCAGGAAGUUUGUUUGAUGAUAUCUUGGCUGAACUCAAUUCACCUACGGCAAAAAAGGAAGAAAGCUUACUCGAUGAUUUUUCUUUAGCUCUGGCUUUAUCUCAAAAACUAGACUUGAAUCAUGACGAACCUUUAAAAAAGAAGGAAACACCCAAGACGACGAAUCAAACUGUAGAAAAGAAACAAUCCAACUUAUUGACAGGUGACAGUAUUUAUAGUAACUAUUUAAAAAAUCUAUCAGCGCUGGAUGACACUUCAUCUCCUGAUACAUCCAUGUUUUCUUCGCUUUUAAAUGCCAGUCAUAUUAGCAAUAAUAAUAAGAGCACAACACCUAUCGCUAGCAGCUCGACGCCCACACUAAGACCGCCCGUCACAACCAUGAAGGUUUUAGACUCGGACAUUUCGGAUUCAGAAGAAUCCAAAAAGGACGAUGAUGAGGAUGAGGAUGGCCGUGUAACAAGAGGCAUACGUCCAAUCAUGGAACGACGUACACAGGAUCAUCGUCUGAAACGCAAGAUUGAUUCCUGGACUAAUCGUGUUGACCCAAACGCCAAUCGCGUCGAAUCAAAUGAGGCAAUGAUUGAAAGAAUGAAGGACAGACAUCGAAAUCAAGUCAAACUGGCUGCUCUUCAACGACAACAGGAAAUGCAAAAUAUGAUGAUGAUGAACAUGGUUCCACAGCCUUAUGUAUUACAACACCCAGGAAAUUUAAUGAUGGAUACCAAUAAUAACAGUGGUAUCUUCCCUUCAUUCCCUGCUACUGUCUCUUCACCACCACCACUACAACAACAGCAACAACAACUACCACUACCUCAACAACAACAGCUGUUACCUACCGAAGUUCAUCCUCAACCUGCUGUGUCAGAAUACCCACAAACAAAAGUAUAUCAACAAGCACCUCAUGUGUUUAACAAUGGCAGUAAUAUUACUAACAGUAACACGAGCCUAUACGCUACACAGGCUACAUCCACGCAAUCUUCUCUCUCAUCUGCUGCGAAAGAAGAAGAACCUAAACAACAAGAGGACGAUGACACUCACGACGAAGGAGACGGUGCCGAAGCAGAUGGCGAAAUCAGUGAAGAUGACGAAUCAUACUCGGUCAUUCAAAGAAAAAAGUCAUUUACCAGUGUCAAGGGUACCACUCCCUCAACUGAGCACAGACGAACAAUGAGGUCAUCACGAUCAACUCCUAAUCUGAAAAAAAGCAAGAAAAAAUCAAGCCAUAGCAGAAGAAACUCUCAAGAUCAUUCCGCUUCAACUCCCUCCUCCUCUUCCGAUUACCCCUUGACCCCUCCUCUACCACAUCAUCAACAGCAGCAAUUACUGCAACAUCAACAACAAUUACAGCUGCAAAUGCAGCAUCAUCCUCAGCAAUUAUACCAACAGCAAGGCCAUCUUCCACAGCAACCCAUUAGACAUAUGAAGAGUGAGCCUGAACUCAUUCAUCGUAGAAAGACACAACAGAUGAUGCAGCAUCAACAACAGUUACAGCAUGAAUGGGAUCGUAUGCAAGCUUACCAACGAGAACAACAAUUGAAACUAAUGCAACAACAGCAAUACAUGUCAAUGUAUCCUGUCAUGUACUAUAACCAGCCAAUGAUGAUGCAACCUUCUAAAUCCACAAGUACUACUGCUAGAAUGUCUCAUUCUCAUUCAUUUCAUACCACACCAAGAUAACAAGAGUAAUAAUAAUAAGCAUAAUCAUAUAAUAAAUAAAACACGUCAUGUAUUUAUGUAGUUUGCUUACACAUCUUCCUAAAUGGGUAUGGAUACUCAUGUGCGGUG